AUGGAUUCCAAGUUCACAAUCGAAGUAAAUCAUACAGGUUCUUUUGUCCCCAAACCGAUUGUGUAUUUCAAUCCAGUAAAAAUGGUUGUUAGUAAUGUCGAUUUCAGAAGCAUGAGUUUCAUGGAGUUCAUCUCGUAUGUGAAGAAGUUGGUCAAGGAUGGAACAAUCAAUGUGUACUAUUGUCUUCCACAACGUUCACUGAGAGAUGGGUUAAGAGUCUUGGAAGAUGAAAAUGAUUAUGUUUGUUUCCUUGAUGCUGGGUAUGAGAAUGGGGGUAUGAUCAAUUUGUACAUUGAUCACAGUCAAUAUCCAGUUAUGGAGUGGAUUGAAGAAGAGAUAGCUAAAGAUGGAUCAGUAGAUGGUAAUACGGAUGAUGAUGAUGAUGUAGACUCUGAGCUUUCAGAUGAUGAGUUCGUGGAGCAUGAGCCUGAUGAUGAAGUGAUACAACUACAGCCAUUUUGA